AUGGGCCACACAGAACCUAAUGUAGAAUGGAUUGUAGAUUUGUUGGACUGCUAUGCAAAAGAAUACGAGGACGAUAUCAGAAGCGGAAAGGCGAAGACUUUUCCGGUAACGGAUAGCCUAUCACUCUUGCAGAAAUUUAAGAUGUGGAGGCCGUUACCGCUGGUCCCAUUGUCGGUGGCGGUGACUGAAAGUUUUACUCCAAAUUCACUAGACUCUGAAUCCAGACAUACAACAAUUAUUGAAGGUAAGUUUUAUUUUUCAAAUCACAGGCUCUAUAUUUGAAUUCAAAAUUGUCAGUUAUUAAAAUUACCACGUUUAUAAUGUGUAGUCACUAAUACAUACAAAAUUUUUAAAAUAAAACUGUACGUAUUGAAAAAAUAAUAAAUAUUUUAUGUUAAUCAUUUUUGUAGUGUUUGAAAAUUCAAUUUAACGAGUUAAAAUUGUUAGAAAGGAAAUAUUUAAACCUCUCUAUUAUUUUUGUAUUUUAAAGUGCUUUUUCCAGAAUCCAGGGCUUUUUUACGUUUUGAAGUGUUUACGUUGUGAUCUGAAACACGGUUAUCUAUUAAUUACGAUUAUUUACAAAUUAAUAGAAUGAUAUUGUUAAUUAUAUAGUAUAAUGAGUAUACAAUUUCUUAGACAUAUUUUGAUGUUGCGUAAAAUUGUAGAAUCUAAAAUAUCGGUGAAAUUUGUAAUCAUAAGAAUUAAGUAGUAAGCUAAAUAAAACAUUUAGGGCUAUUUGUUUAGAAAAAUCGACUAUUACAGGUACACAAUACUACUGUUUCUGAAUUAUAAUUUUAGUUGCGAUUUAUUUUUAACCAAAUAACAUAUAAUACAAACCUUUGAGCGAUAUUUAUUUAUGGGGUGUUUAAGCGCAGAUGAUUGACCAUUUAAUUCAACGAAUAACUCAUGUAAUAACGGUUAGGUACCUAAUUAUUGUCGACUAUGCAAUUCAGUUUUAUGGAUAUUAACUGAAUUUGUGACACUCAAAUUAAUUUAACUAACAUUUAAACGACUAUACAUACGGGUGUAAAUCGUUUAUGAAUUUAAUACAUAUCUAUUCUUUCCAUUCGCAGUUGAUGAUAAUAACUCAUGUCUAAUGAUAAAGUCAAUGACGUUAUUAACAAAAUAUUUGAAAUAGAUUACCACGUAAAUUCGAAUAAUGAAUUAAAAACUAAUUCAUUUGAUUUUUAAAGAACUUGAAAAUUUAUUGUAAAAACUUAAAAAUAAUGAAAAUAUAAAAUAUAUAUUUUUCUAUUUUUUUUUCAUCCCGAAUAUUUGGAGUCACCCACUCUCGCCUUGAAUUUCCACUUGACUCUCCCUACACCGUCUUUGCAUAUACCAGCCUCCAUCAUAAAAUGAUUCCAAAUUGCAUCCAACCACCUCUUUUUUGGACUUCCUUUUCUCCUUCUUUCUCCAACGUUAGUAAAAUUACGGCUUCUGAUUAUUUUCUUCUUAUAUUAUGUUUAAGCCAUAUCAGAUUAUUUUCUCUUAUUUUUUCUACUAUCGUGAAGACAAGCCUAUACUACCUCUUGCGUACUUAUCCCUUAUCCAAUAUUUUAUUUUUCUGUCUACCAUCACUGGAUAACGGAAAAAAAAAUACUCCGUAGCAUACAUUAUCGGCCUCACUACACUUUAGUACAACUUAAUAUUUCAGUCCCAUUGGAAUCAUAUCACAUAAAGACCAAAAACUCCUAACGUUUUUCUCAACGCCCUGAGGUUAAUGACAUUAUACAGUAUUUUAUAUUGAGGUAUUUGAAAAUAGUUUAAACGUUUUUCAGUACCUAAUGGUCCACACUGUCUAUAUUCUCAUAUGAGUUUCAUAAUUAGAGAAAAUUUCGCAGGCACCCAAGACGGUCAACCAGAUGUCGGCCACCAUAUUGUAGAACGUUCAGUCGAAUAUGCCUCUCAGUAUAAUAUAAGUGAUGGCGGUGGUGAAAACGAAAUCGCCGGUGGCGAUAGGCAAAAGUGUCUGGAAAGAUCAAAAGUGCAUCUACCGGCCAAAACGUCUUGGUAUCAUCGGUUGUUUAGCUACGAAACAAACCAGAAAGACCACGGAAACCGAGAGCCACGUGUUCCGUUCAAGGUUAAGCGUAUGCCUAUCAGGUAA